CCUACAUUAUACUAGCUUCCAGACUACACUGACUAAUAUUACCUUUACCAUUUUCAUGAUAACAUGCCCAAAUCCUAUCAUAACCACGAACUACGUUAUCUACUAUAGAUUUACCUUCGACAUACACAAUCGUAUCGUUCUGUACAAUUGUAUGUUGAGGACUGAAACGACUGUAAAGCAGCUAACAUGGCUUUUAUGGCUUCGUCAAUAAGAAAAAUCCAAUGACUGUACUGAUGUCCGAGUUUGAUCUACGGAAUGGAACAUUUUGUUUUUCAACAAUGAGAUUAAUUGAAUGAGUUUUUAUUUUUCUAUAAACUAUAAUAUGAGCUCAAAUACUAGGUUUUAUGUUUAUGCUCUUAUUCUUGUUUCUAUGUGAAAUACUUGCGUAGUUCCGACCUUGGUGUGUACUUGUUGACAGCCACACAAUUUCCUGAUCCAUUUGGUUAGCUCAGGAAGCAGACCGAGACACACCCACGGAAGAAAGAAACACACGAUAUAGACGAGGUCGAGUAAGUAGUCCAUUUGGAUCUGAGCGAGAAAAUUCGGAUAACCAAGUAUCUGCACGAGACCCACGACGAGACACGGCGUCCAGGCGACCAAGUAAAGACUUGAAAUGCAGAGCAAUUGCACUGUCAUGCGCCGCUGUUGCUGCCAUGUCAGUGCCUGUUGCAGGCGCCGCUUCUGCCUGA